AAUGCAACCUUGCAAUUUUUACAGAUGUUUAAAGUCAGGUGAUUGAGCAGCUGAUUUUUGUGACAAAAUUGGCGGGAAAUAUUUAAUAACUUUGAGAGCUUGGCAAAUCUAAACCAAACAAUAUUUUUCUAUUAUUUAAACUGGAUAUUGAAGUUGGAGGAAAUCAAAAAGCUGACAAAAGUGUUCGUCUUCUGUAGAGGAAAAAAGGUGUUGUGCGUAUUUGUGCGUUGUUUAAUGUAUGUUAAACAAUAGUAGACACUUUAUAUUAAAUUUUAAUAAUAGUUUCGUUUGCGGCUUUUUGCGGCUUUUCCGAUGCUAUAAUUAUUUAGAUGUGCUUGAAUUUUGUCACGCCACGUUGCUGGACGUGUGGAUGGACAGCGGGCGCCACUAUUCCGCGCUGACUGAAUUUGUAUUUGGUCAAAUAGAUCAAUGUACACUAAGCGACGACAAAAGGAGUGAAAUAAAUAAAAAAAUAAGAAGUUUUGAAAUUUUUGUUACGUCAAACCUGCAAAAGUGCAGUCGGAAUAUGCGAACAUUCAGAGAAAAGCAUUCACAGUGGCUAUUAAAGUCUCUUAAAAUACAUUUGGAAAAUCACUCGGAGAUGGAAAAUUUAAAGAAGGGAAGACCAAAACUGACUUAUGAUGAAGGAGGAUCGCGCCUUAAAAGAAAACUUGCUGGUGAAGUAGCGCUUAAGAAUGAAAAUGAUACGCAACUUUUGAUACACGCAGCUUCAAUAUCAGCAAGGAAAUCAAGUGAACAUAGUGUUGCAUUUUUACUUGCAAAUUGUAAUAGGUCUGAAGCACAGGCAACUGAAGCUAAAAGAAAGCUUCAUACAGCAGAACCAAUACCUCUUACAAUAAAUGAGGCUUUGGAAUUUUUCAUAGACAAUUCAUUAAGCAAACAAUUGUACAAAGAAAUUCGUCAAAUAAGCAAACUGCAUAAUUGCGACAUAUACCCCAACUACAAAAAAGUUCUGGAAGCUAAAUUACAGUUGAGGCCUGUGGGGAUAACAGCGACAGAAACAUUUGCAAAGGUUGCUUUACAGGAUUUAUUAAAUCAUACUGCGAGCCGAAUUGUAUUGAUGCAGGAGGAACUAUUUGCAAAUUUGGAAACUGUGUCAAGCCUUAAAUUAAUUGUAAGUUACGGAUUUGAUGGAUCAUCUGGACAUAGUAUGUACAAACAAAGAUUUGAAUGUAACGAAAAAGACACCUCAGAUCAGUCGUUAUUUGUUACUACCAUUAUACCUCUGAAGCUUAUAGAUGAUGCAGGAUCCAUAUUUUGGAAUAACAGAACUUCGCAAUCUGUAAGAUUUUGUCGCCCUCUAAAAAUGGAAUUCGCAAAAGAAACAAAAGAUCACAUUCUUGCAGAGAAAAACGAUUUGGACAGGCAAAUAGAACAUUUGAUUCCCUUCGUAUUAACCAUUUUAGAGGAAAGGAAAAUCACUAUCGCAUUUGAUAUGCAUAUGACACUUAUAGACGGAAAAGUUUUAAACGUUUUAACGGGCACGAAUUCCUGCCAAUUAUGUUCAAUUUGUGGAGCAGGCCCAAAACAAUUUAUGGAUACUAUUGACCAGAAUUCUUUUAAGCCGAAACCUGGACACCUUCAGUAUGGAAUAAGUCCACUACACGCGUGGAUACGUGUUUUUGAAUUACUCCUAAAAAUAUCUUAUAGAUUGAAGUUUAAAAAGUGGCAAGCACGACUCGAAAGUGACAAACGCGAUAUGAUUUCUAAAAAAGAACAUAUACAAAAGCGAAUGCGGCAAGAAAUGGGAUUGCAUGUAGAUAAGCCGAAACAGAAUGGCAGCGGAAACACGAACGAUGGCAAUACAGCUAGAAAGGCUUUUUCUAAUACAAAAUUAUUUGCAUCCAUUUUAGAACUUGACUUGGAGCUAAUUAAUAGUCUGCAUACUAUUCUAGUAGCUAUUAACUGUGAAUUUGCAAUCGAUCCUCAAAAAUUUCAAAAAUUCUCCGAUAAGACUAUUCGACUAUACACAUUACAUUACCCGUGGUAUCCGAUGUCACCAACUCUACACAAGAUUUUAAUACAUGGAUCGCAAAUAAUAGCUGCAUCAGUAGUCCCGGUUGGCUGUCUUGGGGAAAAUGCUUCAGAAGCACGAAAUAAAUUGUACAAACGUGAUAGGCAAAUGCAUGCUCGAAGAAAUUCCCGAAUUAAUAAUUUGAUGGAUGUUUUCCACAGAUCUAUGGACUCAUCAGAUCCACUUAUUUCAAGUAUGGGUAUUAAGAAAAGGACAGCACGUCAUAAGAAACAACCGCUUCCCCAAGAUGUAAUCGAACUCUUAGAAGCACCCCAUCAUAUUGUUCAAAGCAAUACAAAGUCAUUUGUUAAUAACGAAAGUUUAAAUGAUCUAUUAGAUGACUCAGAUGACUCAGAUGAUUCUGAAUCAAAUGAAAUAAAUCCAUUUUCGUUUGAAUUAGCCGUAGAAAACUACUGAAUACAUAUCUAUAUGCUUACACUUAUAUUUUUAGUUUUGACUUCUAACAACAGAUAACUAUAGAAUAAAAUAAACAAAAAGCAAUAAAACAUUAUUAUAAAUAUAAAAAAAAGUAUAAAAUAAAAGAAAAUAAUAAAAAUAUGUUUAAGAAAACAAAUUUUAAGAAAACAUCACAUAUACGUCAUGAUGUGUAUAUGGGCUGUUGGAGUAAGCGUGGUCAAACUUACUUGAAAGUUUGCUUAAAUAUUUAGAGUGGUCUAUUAAUGAAGUGUGCCAAGUUUCAGCUCGAUAGAUGCAAUAUUCGAUUUUAUGCCACCAAAUCGGGAUUUGGGACCAUAGUGCGGUGGUCCGUUUCACGGGAGCAACAUUCGAAAUAGGCUGGUAUGGCGCGGGAUCUCCUCGUGGUCCGCUUCACGGGAGCAACACUCGAAGUAGUUAGGUAAUGUGGGGUCUACUUGUGGUCCGUUUCACGGGAGCAACUCUUGAAGUAGACUGGUAUGCCGCGGAUUCUACUU